AAUUGCAAAAUGAUGUACCUAACUUACUACUUAUACUAAUGGCCUUGCUUCCCAUUUAGGUAUACAUUUCCAAUAUAUUCCGAGCUAGUUUUGCUUUCUAGUUUCUACCAAUAGAAUUCUCUUCUUCCAAAAUGAACCAGAACCACGGUCCAACAUGUAACGGGCAAAAAGAGUAUUGGUCUGAUCCAAAAACCCAUGAAAAAUACAAAGAGAUCAUCUCAACCACGCCACAAAGAAAGGGUAUUUGGGUAGCGGAUCUCCACCAGCAUGAAGGUUUUUGGUGGAGUGCAUACAGUUUAAAAGGAGUGUUGUGGGCUCGAGACCACUUCAUGCCACAACCCAACAAUGUGAUCUUGAGUAGUGCUCCAAAAUCUGGCACAACUUGGCUUAAGGCUUUGAGUUUUGCAGUUAUGACGCGAUCUCAUUUUGAUGAGCCUGCAAGCCCUUUACUCACCAGACUAGCUCAUGAUUGUGUACCCUUCUUGGAGUCUGAAGUUCGCUCAAACCCACAAAAUUUAGAUCUAGAUGUUCCACUUUUGGCUACACACAUUCCCUACACUUCCUUGCCAAAAUCUAUUAUAGAUUCUGGUUGUAAAAUUGUCUACAUAUGUAGGGAUCCAAAAGAUGUAUUUGUGUCUCUUUGGCACUUUGUUUCCAAGAUGAAUCCUAAGGCCAUGGAUGCCUCAGCCUUGGAAGAUCUUCAUCUGGAGGACGCAUUUGAGUUUUUUUGUCAAGGAUAUUCUUCAUUUGGACCAUAUUGGGAUCAUGUAUUAGGGUAUUGGAGAGCAAGUUUGGAAUCACCAGAGAAGGUACUAUUUCUGAAGUAUGAAGAUUUGAAAAAUGACACUAUAUCUUGGGUAAAGAAACUAGCUCAAUUCAUGGGUUACCCUUUUUCGUCAGAAGAAGAACAAAAAGGUAUGGUGCAAAAGAUUGUAAACCUAUGUAGUUUUGAGAACUUGUCUAGUUUAGAGGUGAAUAAAAGUGGAAUCACGCAAGUUGGAACCAACUUCUUGUCCUUAAAAAAUAGCUCAUUUUUUAGGAAAGGUGAAGUUGGAGAUUGGAAGAAUCAUCUUAAACUUGAAAUGGCAAUGCGUCUCGAUCAAAUAACUGAGCAAAAGCUUAAAGGUUCAGGCUUGACAUUUCACUUCUCAUCUAAUGCAUGAACUGGGGGUCUACACUCUUUCAUGGCUUCCAUCAAAUUAGUUGAGUAUGGCGACUUAAUAAAAUGUGGCACAAAGGCUUGUUUUAGCAUGUCAAACACAAUGAAGUAUUAUCAUUUUGGUGUUAAGGACGCAUUCGUAGGUUAAUAAAGUGAGGCUAGCUGAUUCCAGUGAGUGUUACAUGAUGUAUUAAUGUAUUUUUUUAGUGUCUUUUAAUUGUUGUAACAUAAGAUUGCAAGGUCAUGUAUGAUUUUGACCCUCAAUAUCAUUAUUAUUUUUCUUUUGUUCUUUGGA